AUGGUUGAGAAGUACAGCACUGAGCAAGCAAAAAGGAAGACUGCAAAACCUGCAAAAUCUCGUAAGUCUGCUCCAGUUGGGAAGAAGAUGCACAAGCACGGUGCAAGCCCACGCUGUUUCCUGAACAUUGCGUAUCAAAUGAUGGUUGAUGAAGGUUUGGAUGAACCACCUUCAUACACAGCCCUUGCAAGGAAGACUCACACAGGUAAAGAUGGUUCCUUCCUAGACGAACGUACGGAGGAACUGGUGCUGGAGGUUGAGGAAGCCGUUGAAGAGAUGUUACAAGAUGGAUCUCCACUUGGAGACAGUCAAACUGACUCCACUGCUGCUUCAAAUGCAAAGCGCUAUCUUCUCAACCAAGAAUACAUCAAGAGAGGAAAGACAAAAAAGAGUACAAUCUACGGCCUUGGCAGUGUUCAGUACAAGAACAGCAGUCCAUCUGUGCCAAUUCCUGUCUCACUGCAGCGCAACCUAGACGUUGAUAUGGAGGCAUCACCUCUGGUGCCCCCCAAAUGUGAUAAUCCAAUCUCUAUUAGACACCCUAAUAAACAGAAAAAUAAAUAAUUUGUUUUUAAUUCGGAAAAUAACGAAAUGACAUAAAACCCUGGGAAUAGUUGAAGUAUUUACAAGUUGUACUAGGGUAACCCAUCCGCCCGACCCGACCUUUGAAUGGGUAAAUCAAUUGAACUGAAUCGUCUAACCGUGUAACCAAACAAACCAAUCCCUCAAAACCAAACCAAAGCUGUCGGUUUUAGCAAACCCUCUCAAUGU